AUGCCCAGACAAACUAAUACCGAAGUUCCUGCACAAGAGAGUACUCCAGUAAUCCCAGAUCCAACGCCAGAGCAAACAGUCGUGGAUCCUAAUCAUGGGAUGGCCAGUGCUGACAGUCAGCAGCCCAUCAUCAAUUUGCCACAGGAUUCCUCGUCGGCCCAGAUUGUUCAGGACACGAGUACAUUCUCCUCUUCCUCGGACACGUCUGUGACAAUGGAUCCUUCACAGACUAUCACGACUGCAAGUCCUUCUCAGACCAUGAGUAUCCCCGCAUCUCGAACUGGACUCAUUCGCCCAACUGCAUCCUCCACUUGGGAACGUCCUCCAGACCCAACUGUUCCGAUCCAACCAGGUCUCAUCACUGCAUCCAUCUUUGCUCUCUUUGGUCUACUUGCCCUCGGCCUCUGCCUCAUCCGUCGUUGGCGUCGAAACCGAACUCGAGCCCGCACUCGUUCAGUGGUCAAUCUUCUCAACCGUGUCAGAAACAAUAGUGAUCAUAGCUCGACCCGAAGCGCUCAUGAAAAGGUUGGCCAAGGACGUGAGACACUGUACGACGUCGAAUCUGCGCUCGAGAAGAAUAGUUUCGACGGCCCAGAAGAUCUCAAAGCGCCUGUAAAGGCCAAGAUCCGUCCCACGAGCACGACUGGACUUAAAGAGGGUCCCAUUUCGCUAGCGCCGGUCAAUUUGGCCCACGCGCCUGCGAAAUCGUCCCCCCUCCGCUCAGGCUCAGGUAGAGUUCGCCCGACGACGUACAACGACAAAGAACUCAACGACGACAUUUGUAGUCUACACUUUAUCAUGACAGUCUCGCACGAGGAGUACGGCCGAGCCACCUCGUUCAGCAGUCUCAACAGCAAAUGGCGAAACAAGCCAGAACCACCCCGUCCGAAGCCCGUGUUUGUCGACGAAGACGUGCGACCAGCCCCAGCACGCAAAGCGAACGCGACGUUUGUCAUUCUGGCACGCAACGCUGAUCUAAACGGCGUCAUGGAGUCUAUUCGCCAGCUUGAAGAUCGUUUCAACCGCCACUACCAUUAUCCAUACGUCUUUCUCAACGAGAAACCGUUCAGCGAAGAGUUCAAGAGAUGGACCUCAAAUCUAGCCUCGGGCACCGUAGAAUACGGACUCAUUCCAAAAAGUCACUGGGAACAACCGAGUCAUAUCAACGAGGAGCUUGCCAAGGCCGCCCGUGAAAAGAUGGUCCAGGACCAGGUCAUUUAUGGAGGCUCUGUCGCGUAUCGCAACAUGUGUCGCUUCAAUUCGGGUUACUUCUUCCGGCACCCACUUUUGCUCAAGUACCGAUACUACUGGCGCGUCGAGCCGGGAAUCAAGUACUUCUGCGACAUGGACAACGACCCGUUCCUCUUUAUGCAGGAUAACGAUAAGGUCUAUGGCUUUACUCUGUCGUUGUACGAGUACCAGCGAACAAUCCCAACUCUGUGGGAUGCCACGCGACAAUUCAUCAAAGAGAAUCCGCAAUAUCUCCCCAAAGACAACGCCAUGGCGUUUAUCUCUGAUGACGGUGGCCGAAACUAUAAUCUCUGUCACUUCUGGAGUAACUUUGAGAUUGGAAACCUCGACUUUUGGCGGAGCGAAGCUUAUACCAAGUAUUUCGAGUACCUAGAUCUGCGUGGUGGCUUUUACUAUGAGCGAUGGGGGGAUGCGCCUGUCCACUCGCUAGGUGUGGCAUUAUUCGCGCGGAAAGAUCAAAUACACUUUUUCAAAGAAAUUGGUUAUCGACACGAGCCGUUCCAACAUUGUCCCCAAGGCGAUACAUGGAUGAAUGGAAAAUGCUGGUGUGAUCCAAAGGACACUUUCGACUAUAUUCCCUACUCCUGCACAUACCGCUACGAUAGAAUGUUUUAA